AUGAGCCUCGGAAUUUCGAAUUCUUACCAACAAUUGCUAUUAUCGCCUCACUCCAGAACGCACCGGAAACUAUUGCCGCUUCAUCAUCGUCGAGGAUGGAAACGCCGGAAGAUCAAACUAUCGAGAUCGACUCAGCCUGUAAACCUCACAAUUCGAAGCAGCUUCGAUUCCUCUGCUUUCGAGAAUUUCUUCCAGAACUUAAUUUCCCAAUUCCCGUCCCCGAAUUCACUCGAUAUCCUCGGUCCCGCCCUCGGACUUGCAUCCGGUGCCGCACUUUAUUUCUCCGAGCGAAAUUCGAAAUUAAUUUCGAAUUGGAAGACGGAUAGGAGCAAGUCUGUUGGGGAAUGGAUUCUGUUCAGUAGUCCGACACCGUUUAAUAGGUUUGUGAUACUACGAUGUCCGUCCAUCACUUUUGAAGAUAACGAUUUCUUGGAAGACGUGAAUGAGAGGCUUGUGAAGGAGGAUAGGCAUUUUGUGAAUCUGAACAGAGGGAAAAUUCAGUUGAGGCAGGGUGAAUUGGAGGAGGAGGCGGAAAAGCUGGUGUACCAGAGGAGAUGUGUCGUGACGGAGGAUGGCGGCGUAAUUUCGUUUGAUUGGCCGGCGAAUUUGGAUUUGGAAGAGGAAAGAGGGCUCGAUACGACCAUGUUGAUCGUGCCGGGGACAGCCGAAGGGAGUAUGGAUAAGGAGAUUAAAGGUUUUGUAUGCGAGUGUUUGAGGCGAGGUUAUUUUCCUGUUGUUAUGAACCCAAGGGGAUGUGCUGGCUCGCCUCUGACAACUCCUAGGUUAUUUACAGCUGCUGACAGCGAUGAUGUCUCCACAGCUAUGCAAUUCAUUAACAAGGCAAGGCCCUGGACAACGAUGAUGAGUAUUGGCUGGGGCUAUGGUGCAAAUAUGUUGACCAAGUACCUUGCUGAAGUAGGAGAAAGAACUCCUCUAACGGCUGCCACAUGCAUAGAUAACCCCUUUGACUUGGAUGAAAUGACAAGAUCUACUCCACAUUGCAUCUUAUUGGACCAGAAGCUCAAAACUGGCUUGAUUGAUAUAUUACGUUCGAACAAAGAAUUGUUUCAAGGCCGUGCAAAAAAUUUCAACGUAGACAAAGCUCUUUUGGCAACCUCCGUUCGUGAUUUUGAGAAAGAAAUAUCCAUGGUAUCUUAUGGAUUUGAUGAAAUUGAGGAUUUCUAUGCAAAAGCUUGUACUCGUGACAUGAUUGGGAAAGUGAAGAUUCCCCUUCUCUUCAUCCAGAAUAAUAAUGGAACAGUUCCACUCUUCUCUACACCACGCAGUUUAAUUGCUGAAAAUCCUUUCACAAGCCUCCUCCUGUGCUCUUAUUUGCCAUCUGGAGAAUUUACACGUGGGAGGCCUCCUUUCUCCUGGUGCCAACAAAUCACAAUUGAGUGGCUAACUGCUGUGGAGCUUGGACUUCUAAAAGGCCGACAUCCACUAUUAAAAGAUGUUGAUGUUACCAUCACUCCCUCGAAGGGUCUCACGAUGCUUGAAAGCAGCUAUUCUUCUAAAAAUGGGAAGAAAGUGAACCGGCUCUUGAAUUUUCCAAGUUUUGAUGCACAUUCGAUUAAUAAUGUUAAGCAAUCAUUUGAAGCAAGUUAUUUGGCCCCUAACUUCCCCUCAAAAUCCAAACAAGAAUCACAAGGACUGCAGAAAGAAGGUAAGGUAUUGUCAGGACCUAGCAAAGAUGUUUACAUGGAUCUUGUAGGGGAGGAGAUGGUGAAUCCCAUUGACGGUGAAACAGGGCAGGUCGAACAGACUGCCAGAGUCAUCAUGAACAUGCUGGAUGUGACUAUGCCUGAUACUCUAACUGAAGAAAUGAAAAAAAAGGUCCUGACAGCUGUUGGUCGGGGGGAGUCGAUAUUAAAAGCUUUGCAAGAUGCUGUUCCAGAAGAUGUUCGAGGAAAGCUUACCUCUGCUGUUUCUGGGAUCUUACAGAAUCAAGAUUCGUCUUUAAAGAUGGAUAGGCUACUAGGCCUUGGACGACUUCCUGAAAUGACAUCAAAGUUGAAGUCAACAGUCCAAGAAAAAGCCGGGCAGUCUAAUGUAAAAAGUGAGAAUGAAAAUACUCCUGCUUCAACUCAAACUCAAAUGGGAGACCAAACAGAUGGUUCUAAGAGCCAACCCCACCAAAAUAAGUUCCCUGUGGGGUCAGAAACUAAACUUCAGUCAUCAGAGUAUCAGCAAAGAUCUGUGCAGUCUGCUGAGCAUCAGUCCCCAUCUAUUUUUGAAAGUGACACCCCUGAUUCAGACAAGACUACAGAUGGCUUGGAAAGUGGUAAGGAAACUAUGUAUUCUUCCAAAGCGAACCAACUCCUUGACUCCAGGGAAAAUAGAUCAGAAACUUCCUUGCAUCCUGAGGUACCUGGCAGGUCUGAAGGACCACAUGUUACUGACAAUAAACCCAUUGGGCAGUCCAAAGAGCUCGAUAAUGAGGAGAGUCUUCCAGGGAGAGGUGAGAGCAUGAACCAGCAAAAUGAGGUACAAACUGUGGAAAAUUCGGCUGAUGAAACAAAGAACGUGGUGUCUGGUCAGACAGAGGACACGACUAUAACUCCAGUUGCCGCUUCAGAGAGCCAAUCAAUGGACAAACAAGGGGGUGAUAGUUUGAGGAGAGAAGAUAACAGACCACAGUCUGGUUCAGUGGAUGAUCCUAAGCUUCCAAGCUUCAAUGUUUCUCAGGCAUUAGAUGCCUUGACUGGAUUUGAUGAUUCUACCCAAGUAGCAGUCAAUAGUGUGUUUAAUGUACUUCAGGAUAUGAUUACCCAAUUAGAGGAAGAGAGAGACGAUACAAGCCGAGUGGAAGACAUUACUAAGAGGAAUGAAGAUAGAGGGCCAAAUACUGGUCAUGAAUUGAAUGAAAAAGUUGAAGUUCAGGAACAGCAGAUUGGCCCCAACUCCGAAAACAAUAUCAUCAGCAACAAUUACAAGCCAGGGAAAUUGGAAGAUGAUAAAAAAUCUCUGAACUUACCUUCUGCCACUUCACGUGAUGCUAAUGCUUUUAUUCAAAUUAGCUUCAAAGAAGAGUCUGCAAGAGACACCUCUUUAUUCUAUGAAGGUGAUGCUGACCGGUCUAAAAAUUACAUGUAUGAAGGAGAUGGAAGGAUGAAAGAUUCGCUUAGUAAAAAGCUGUCCACGGAAAAUCUUGUUAAAUAUUUAAACAGUAUUUAUCAUCCAGGUGCGCUGUCUAUAACUACAAACUUAUAUGUACCUCCACUUUACAGGGAGUACCUUCAGAAAUAUUUAGUUUCAAAGACGUGGAUUUCCAAAUCACUGGACUUGGGUUCAAAUUUAUCCCUUGACUAUUAUCCAGAAGAAGGGAAGUGGAAACUACUGGAGCUAUCAGAAAAAGAUAGUGGCAUCAGUGAUGAUGUUAGCAAUCAUGGAGAAAGUGUCCAUGAUGAUCAGACCCAUUUGAAGGCUGAAGAUGAAGGUGCAAAUGAAAUAAUUGAACCAUCGUAUGUAAUAUUAGAUUCUGAGGUGGGAGAGGAACAGGUUGACAAGAGCGACAGAGCAAAUGAGACCAGGAAAGAACUUGAUGAUGAUACUUCGGAGGAACUUUUUCUUUUUGUUAAAAGUAUCAUGUUGGACACGCUGAAAGUUGAAGUAGAUCGAAGAUUGAGUGCUACGGAUGUGGAAGAAAUGCAGCCAAGACUUGGUGAAGAUUUGGAAUUAGUUGCCAAUGCAGUGUCUCGGUCUGUAGGACAUGUGGAGCACACAAAACUUCACAAAAUUAAGGGUUACACCUCCGAUAAAUUUGGUAUUCUCGAAGGACUGCAUAUAGUAAAUGCAAUAUCUUCUGCUGUUCAAGAAACCAGUUAUUUGCGGAACGUGUUGCCAGUUGGGGUAGUCGUGGGCUCUAGCUUAGCUUCCCUUAGAAGGUAUUUUGAUGUAUCUGUAGAGAGCCUUAAUAGCCAGAAAGAAGGACUGGACCUUGAUUAUACUUCCGAAACUAUGCCCGAUGUUGAUCAACUUGAUUCUGAAAAGAUGGAGCAGAAACAAGAGUUGAACAUUGUAAUACAGAAAUGUGACACAGCAACUGAAACAAGCAGCUCAAAUGGUAACACUCUUAUGGUUGGUGCUGUGACUGCUGCUCUUGGGGCAUCUGCCUUUCUUGUCGAACAACAGAGUUCAGGAACUAGUGAAACUUUAUCCAAAAACUUAAAGGACAAAGGUAGUCAUUAUGAGAAUCACAAGAAUGAGGAGAAGAUGCCAGAGAAUUCACAGCAUAAUGUAGUCACCAGCUUAGCAGAGAAAGCUCUUUCAGUUGCUAGUCCUGUGGUACCUACAAAAGAAGAUGGUGAAGUUGAUCAAGAAAGACUAGUGGCAAUGUUGGCGGAAUUGGGACAAAAGGGAGGCGCCUUAAAACUUGUUGGAAAGGUUGCCUUGCUUUGGGGAGGUAUUCGGGGUGCUUUGAGUUUGACUGAUAAGCUCAUCUCAUUUUUACGGAUGGCAGAACGACCGCUGUCUCACAGGAUCAUUGGUUUUGGCUUCAUGGUAAUUGUUUUGUGGUCACCUGUUGUUGUUCCGUUUCUUCCCACUCUUGUACAAAGCUGGGCCAACCAUCAGUCUCCAAGAUUUGCAGAGCUUGUUUGCCUUAUUGGCCUAUAUGUUUCUGUCCUACUGAUGGUUACAUUAUGGGGUAAAAGAAUUCGUGGUUAUGGUAAUCCACUUGAGCAAUAUGGACUGGAUUUGACUUCAUUGUCAAAGGUCCAAAAUUUUGCAAAGGGUUUGCUGGGAGGAGUUGCACUUGUUUCAUUAAUCAACUACGUAAAUCAUUUUUGUGGCUUUGUCCAGCUAUCGGGGCCUAGCUACCUUUUGGCAUCAUCUUCAAAUGUUGUUGCAUGGCUUAAAUUAAGUGGGAGAACUCUUUUGUUAGUGUUUCAAGGACUUGUAACAGCAACUGGCAUUGCAGUUGUUCAGGAACUGCUCUUCCGGUCUUGGUUACCUGAUGAAAUUGCUGCUGACUUGGGAUAUUAUCGUGGAGUCAUCAUAUCAGGACUUGUGUUUUCUCUUUCGCAGAGAUCUCUAUGGGCUAUACCAGGUUUAUGGUUAUUAUCGCUAGCUUUAGCUGGCGCCCGGCAAAGAAGCCAAGGCAGCCUCUCCCUUUCAAUAGGGCUGCAUACAGGGAUACUAUCAUCUAGUUUCAUCCUACAAAGAGGUGGCUUUUUGACUUACAACCCCAGUAGACCAGUUUGGCUAUGUGGUUCUCGCCCUUUCGAACCUUUUAGCGGUCUUACCGGCCUUGCAUUUUCUGUACUAUUGGUGAUAAUUCUCCAUCCCAGGCAAACUCUAAUAGUUGAUGAAGAAAUCAGGACCAUCAACAGUGAGCCCAUCUUGAAGGAUGGUAUAAAACAAGAAUGA